GCCGGGAGCGCGCGCCACACUUCCUCAACCGACUGAAUCCGAGAAAAGAAGAGAAAGAGAAGCGUGGUCGGGCGGAAGACGGGCAUCUCCACCGGUUCCGGACGAGGGUUCCCUGGUUCUGGUUACCAUGCCUCCUUUCCUGAGGAUCUCCUUCAACGCCUUCGACCUGGGCAUCCUGCCUGCCCCGGUCGAGUCGCCCUUCUGUGCCAUCAAGAUCAAGGAGGCCUUGACAACAGAACGGGGUAAAACCCUGGUUCAACGGAAGCCCACCAUGUACCCUGCCUGGAAGUCCUGUUUUGACGCCCACAUAUAUGAGGGCCGUGUACUUGAGGUACUCCUGAUGAAGACAGCUGAGGAGUCUCUGGCCGAGGUCACCGUUGGCGUGUCUGUACUCGCUGAGCGCUGCAAGAAGGCUAAUGGCCGAGCGGAAUUCUGGGUGGACCUUCAUCCUUCUGGAAAAGUCAUGAUGGCAGUGCAGUAUUUUCUGGAGGGAGUGGAUGCAGAAAACAAGCAGGCUGCUCAAGAAGCGGAAGGCCCCACCCUGAACCGUAGAAGAGGAGCCAUUAAACAGGCCAAGAUCCACUUCAUCAAGAACCACGAGUUCAUCGCCACCUUCUUCAGACAGCCCACUUUCUGUUCGGUGUGCAGAGAGUUUGUGUGGGGACUCAACAAACAAGGCUACAAAUGCAGACAGUGCAACGCGGCCAUACACAAGAAAUGCAUCGACAAAAUCAUCGGCAGAUGCACUGGUACUGCUGCCAACAGCCGGGAUACGGUGUUCCAGAAAGAGCGUUUUAAAAUUGACAUGCCUCACCGCUUCAAAAGUCACAACUACAUGAGUCCCACCUUCUGUGACCACUGUGGAAGUCUGCUGUGGGGUCUGGUCAAACAAGGACUCAAAUGUGAAGACUGUUCCAUGAACGUUCAUCACAAGUGUCAGGACAAAGUCGCCAACCUGUGCGGGAUCAACCAGAAACUUCUAGCCGAAGCGCUCAAUCAAGUCAGUCAGAAAUCCUCAACUCGCCGGUCGGAUCCAAAUCUGCCCAAUCUGUCUGAUAUUGGUAUUUAUGAUGAGGUCAACAAGCUUGCUGGUCUGGACAUCAGUGACGGAUCUCCGUAUGGUCGACUGUGGGAGGGGUCGUGCCCUCAACCUCAGUCCCGCCUCACUCAUCAGACCCGCAUUAAUGUGGACAACUUUGUCUUCCAAAAGGUCUUGGGAAAAGGCAGCUUUGGGAAGGUGCUGUUGGCAGAGCUGAAAGGGAGCGGAGAAUAUUUUGCUGUGAAGGCCCUGAAAAAAGACGUGGUGCUGAUGGAUGACGAUGUGGAGUGCACCAUGGUAGAGAAGAGAGUGUUGGCGUUGGCCUGGGACAACCCCUUCCUCACUCACCUCUACUCCACCUUCCAGACCAAGGAGCAUCUGUUCUUUGUGAUGGAGUACUUGAACGGCGGAGACCUGAUGUUUCAUAUUCAGGAGAAAGGCCGUUUUGAGCUUUACAGAACCAUGUUCUACGCUGCUGAGAUCCUUUGUGGGCUCCAGUUUCUGCAUUCCAAAGGGAUCAUCUACAGGGAUCUCAAACUAGACAAUGUGAUGUUGGACCAGGACGGACACAUCAAGAUUGCAGACUUUGGAAUGUGUAAGGAGAACGUUAUUGGAGAAAACCGAGCCACCACAUUCUGUGGAACCCCUGACUACAUUGCUCCAGAGAUCCUGCUGGGACAGAGCUACUCCUUCUCAGUCGACUGGUGGUCGUACGGAGUAUUACUCUAUGAAAUGCUGGUGGGUCAGUCGCCUUUCCACGGAGACGACGAGGAUGAGUUGUUCGAGUCCAUCCGCAUGGACACGCCGCACUAUCCACGGUGGAUCAGCAAGGAGGCCAAGGACCUGAUGGAGAGGCUGUUUGAGAGAGAUCCCACACGCAGACUUGGAAUUGUGGGAAACAUCCGCUCACACCCUUUCUUCAAGACUAUCGACUGGCCAGCGCUGGAGAGGAGAGAGGUGGAGCCUCCAUUCAAGCCCAAAGUGAAAGCAGCGAACGAUUGCAGCAACUUCGACCGCGAGUUCCUGAGCGAGAAGCCUCGACUGUCGUACAGCGACAAGACCUUGAUCGACUCCAUGGACCAGGCUGCGUUCGCUGGCUUUUCGUUCAUCAACCCCAAGAUGGAGCACCUGCUGGAGUAGCGUGACUCUUCACCUGGCACCCAGGAGUCAUUCGCUGUGUCAAGCACUCUGAGUCCACCGAACCACCAACAGUAUUGUAUGAACCUAUUUAAGUAACUGUUCAGUUCAGGUACAUGUGAAUAUUUUAUGGGUUGAAGCUAGCUCUUGUAUUGGUGUUAUUCUAUUGGUGUGCAUGCGUCUGUGUUGUGAGGGCUCGUUUUCAAAAGUCAUAUAAGGAACCAUCCUUCUCCAGUCACAUGAGAGGACAGUACAUUGACUUGAAACCAGAAAAAAAAAACUCUCUUCAUGUUUUGAUGGAUAUUUUUUGGUUCCUGAAACAUCACCUGUUGACUGGAUCAUCAUGCUGUAAGAAGGUAAACAUUGCAGUGCCAUGUCAAGCUCAAAUGAAAAGUCUGAGUAGCCAAGGGUACGUGACUGUGGCGAAGGUCAAUGAUAUGUACAUGAAUGUGUAAAUGCUUUAACAUGUAUAUUGGUUCUCUGUGGAUGUACCUUUUUUACCGUCUCCAUAUUUUAUAUCACAUUAAAAAACACCAU